AUGUUCAAACCACCUCAUCAUCCAACAGUUUUAAGUGCGGAAGCGCAUUUAAUGCGACAUAUUUUACCCUUUUUUCCUUUAACAACAAACACAGAAGCAUCAUUUUCUAAUGCAAGAGGGAAAACUUUGUCAUUUAAAUAUGCUUGGUUAGUAUCAUUAACUAGAAAAGCUUCUUACGCCUGUGUUCAUGUUGAAUUCUCUCAACACUUUGUUGGCUUAAUGCUUUCAAAAACUUAG